AUUAGAGAGUGGAAAUUAUAUAGAAAAAAAUUGUAGAAUUAAGGUGCGUCUUCCGUAACUCCAAUCAAGGUCAGCGACUGUUAACGUCGUCGCUCACGGAUCAUUGAUCCUACUCACGAACAUCUUUCUUAGGGUUGUUUGUUCAUCGAUCCACCAAUCGCACACGUUUAUAUCCAUUUUGCACACUUUAAUUUGGUGCUGAACUCAGUAAGAUCAAGGUCUUCAUGAAAAUUAGGGUUUUAUUUCUCUUACUCCUUUUUUCUGCAUCAUUGAUUGUUAUCGAUGGAGAAGAAGCUAAAUCGAACAAGUUUCGUGAGCGUGAAGCCACUGACGAUGAGUUAGGAUAUCCUAAUUUUGAUGAGGAUGAAUUGUUGAAUAAACAAUGCCCUCAGAAUUUGGAGCUAAGAUGGCAGACGGAAGUUAGUUCUAGCAUAUACGCAACGCCAUUGAUUGCUGAUAUUAACAGUGAUGGCAAACUUGAUGUUGUUGUUCCAUCUUUUGUCCAUUACCUGGAAGUCUUGGAAGGUUCCGAUGGAGACAAAAUGCCAGGGUGGCCUGCUUUCCAUCAGUCUACUGUUCAUGCCAGUCCGCUCUUGUACGAUAUUGACAAGGAUGGCGUGAAGGAAAUAGCUUUGGCUACAUACAAUGGAGAGGUGCUCUUCUUCCGGGCUUCAGGUUAUAUGAUGUCGGAUAAAUUAGAGGUUCCUAGGCUAAAAGCUAAAAAAGAUUGGUAUGUGGGGUUGCAUCCAGAGCCAGUUGACCACUCUCAUCCAGAUGUUCAUGAUGAUCUACUUGUUCAGGAGGCUACUCUGCACUCCAUACCUCCCCCAACAGGAGCUAACCAUACAACUGGUUUGGAGGAUAAUAAGGAGAAAGAGACCGCAAUGCAUCUGAAUAAUACAAAAAGUACUUCUUUGGAUGAACAUGUCAAAACAUUACAUAACGGGAGUACAGAUUCAUUGGCAAAUGGUAGCAAUGAUGCUGAAAAUAAAACUAAUCUGCACAUCGAGUUGCCAAAGGACAACGAUAAUGCAGAAAAUAAAACUAUGCCACAUAUCGAGUUGCCAAAGGACAGUCAAAAUACCUCAUCAAAUACAGCACCAGACAAUGCGCAAGGUACUAAUAAUGAAACAAAGACUGGAAGACGGCUUCUUGAAGAAAAAGCACAGGAGAAUGUUGCAACUGUGGAAAAUGACGAAGGCCUUGAAGCUGAUGCUGACUCAUCCUUUGAGUUACUCCGUGACAGUGAUGAGCUGGCGGAUGAGUAUAACUACGACUAUGAUGAUUAUGUUGAUGAAACGAUGUGGGGAGAUGAGGAGUGGAAUGAAGCACAACAUGAGGCAUCUCAAAGUUAUGUGCAUGUUGAUUCACACAUUUUGUGUACUCCUGUGAUAGCUGAUAUCGAUCAGGAUGGCGUUUCUGAGAUGAUUGUUGCGGUCUCGUAUUUCUUUGACCAGGAGUACUAUGAUAACCCACAGCGCGUAAAGGAACUUGGUGAUAUCGAAAUUGGAAAAUAUGUUGGCGGUGGAAUUGUUGUCUUUAAUCUUGAGACCAAACAAGUAAAAUGGACUGCUGAGCUGGAUCUAAGUACAGAUACUGCGAAGUACCGUGCAUACAUAUACGCAUCUCCAACAGUGGUUGAUUUGGACGGUGAUGGGUAUUUAGACAUCCUUGUUGGCACUUCGUAUGGCCUGUUUUACGUCCUCGAUCAUAAAGGUAAGGUAAGGGAGAAGUUUCCUCUUGAGAUGGCUGAAAUUCAGGGAGCGGUAAUAGCUGCGGAUAUUAAUGACGACGGGAAGAUUGAAUUGGUUACUACCGAUACACACGGGAAUGUUGUUGCAUGGACUCCUCAAGGUGUAAUAGUUUGGGAAAACCAUCUUAAGAGCUUAAUUUCUCAGGGUGCGAGCGUUGGUGAUGUGGAUGGAGACGGGCACACGGAUGUGGUGGUUCCGACAAUAUCAGGAAAUAUUUAUGUACUUAGUGGAAAAGAUGGCACGCCUGUGCGCCCAUAUCCAUACAGAACUCAUGGGAGAGUGAUGAAUCAAGUCCUGCUGGUUGAUUUGAGCAAGCGCAGGGAAAAGAAGAAAGGACUUACGAUUGUGACAACAUCAUUUGAUGGCUACUUGUAUCUCAUUGAUGGCCCCACUUCAUGUGCUGACGUUGUGGAUAUUGGUGAAACAUCAUAUAGCAUGGUGUUGGCGGACAACGUUGACGGUGGAGAUGAUCUUGAUCUUAUUGUGACAACCAUGAAUGGCAACGUCUUUUGUUUUUCAACCCCCUCCCCACAUCAUCCUCUCAAGGCAUGGAGAUCACAUAAUCAAGGGCGGAAUAAUGUUGCAGCUCGUAUUGAUCGUGAAGGCGUUUAUGUUACACCUUCGUCUAGAACAUUCCGUGACGAAGAAGGAAAACAUUUCUGGGUUGAUAUAGAGAUUGUAGAUAAGCACAGGGUACCUUCUGGAUAUCAAGCCCCUUACAAUGUCACGACAUCCUUAUUAGUUCCUGGAAAUUACCAAGGGGAAAGAACAAUCAAAAGCAGCCAGCUUUAUGAUAAACCUGGAAAAUACAGGAUAAAGUUGCCAACAGUCGGUGUUAGAACGACAGGAACAGUGGUGGUGGAAAUGACAGACAAGAACGGCUUAUACUUCUCCGAUGAAUUCUCUCUAACCUUUCAUCUCCAUUAUUACAAACUGCUAAAAUGGCUUCUCGUGCUCCCAAUGAUUGGCAUGUUUGCUGUUCUCGUCAUCUUUCGUCCGCAGGAAUCCGUUCCGUUACCGUCUUUCUCACGCAACACAGACUUAUAAAAAGGUAGAGGUUUGUUGUUUUAAUGUUAACCAUUAUCUUAGAAUGGAUGAUGAUGUUGGAUCAAGUUUUGAGUUGGGAAGAGUUGUCAAAAGGAUUUUACUGUUUAGCUUUAGAUAUAUGUGGCUUCAGUUGGGGACUUUCUUUAAAGGAAAUUGGUAUUUAUUCAGACCUUUUUGCAUUCAAA